AUGGCGGACAUGGCGUGGAUUUUCAAGCCGAUACAGACUGGCGGCGGCGGGGAACACGACCUUUAUCUGAAGAAGAAAGCACCAGUACUGACAGAUUUCCUUAGCAGUGUCACCAAAGCAGGCUGCAUUCCUCCUGACAUUUCAACUCUUGUUCUCUCCCUCAGGACAGUUCUCAUUCAGACUUUCAAGGGUGUUGAGAAGCCUUCCCCAGAUUGUUAUCCUACUCCCCCUGGACCUUCUACUCUUUCUUUUUUCCCUUCCCUUCCUCAGCACUGCGGUCUUCCUAGGUAUGCUGUGGAUGAAGCAAGGAAGUGCAGGGAGAAGGACAGCUGCCGGAAAGAGUCGUAUGGCCACCCAACACUAACUCCAGGGCUGUUUACUAUCUUCUGUCGUCAUGGUGUCUGUUAUGGUUUUGAGGCCAUGAGAAGCUGUGAAUCACCUCAUCACCCGUUUGAGAUCUUGAGGACAAGGUUCAAGGUGGCCCCUAGAGUAGUUGUGUAUGAUAACAGCUGUCAGCUUCACAGGUAUGCGAUGAAUAGGGAGCCCCACUUCUUUCAGAAGACUAUGUUUGUUGUUGACCGGUUCCACUUUAAGGGACACAUUGGCUGUUCACUGGGGUACUGCAUGGACAGUUAUUCCACUAGAGAAGAGAUUCGGACCAUCAACUCCCAGGUGAAUGAGCAAGCAAACUCUGGUCUCAUCAGGAUCCAACCACAGCUCGCCUACAUGUCACCUAACAACUUUAUGUUCCAUGCUUCUUUGUUCUUGGCACUCAGAAACAUGCGUGUUCGUGACGAGCAAUAGGGACAGCAUGGAGGAAGUACAACCCAACAUGUUUUCCAUUUCUAACUCAUUAGCUUCUGUUUUUUUUUCAGCAUUAACUUUUUGUCUUUUGUUUUAAAUUUUCAGCUCUAACUUUUCAUUUUUGUUUACCAUCUUUUAACUCACAAGCUUUUCUUUUUUCAGCAUUAACUUUUUGGCUUUUGUUUUAAAUUUUCAGCUCUAACUUUUCAUUUUUGUUUACCAUCUUUUAACUCACAA